AGAGGAGGGCGGAUUCUUCUUCUUCCUCCCCAAAUUUUCAAAAGAAAUUAAAAAAUCGGGGGCGUAACCUAACCCUAGCGGAAAGGAGAGGAAAGGAGUGGAGAGGAGCCGCCGCGAUGGCGGAGGAGGCGGAGGGGAUGGACCGGUUCGACAUGGACGGGGACUUCGAGGGCGGGCAGUUCGGCCGCGACGGGGAGUUCUACUACCGGAGCCGGAGGGAGCGGGCGCCGCAGACCCGCGACGACGCCAUCUACGGGGUGUUCGCGGAGGGCGACUCCGACUACGACUCGGAGGACGACGACGGGUCCCGACGCCGCGGCCGCCGGAAGCGCCGCAGGGACGGCGGCGGGGAGCCGGACCUCACCAAGCCCGUCCAGUUCGUAUCCACCGGCAAGUUCAUGCCCACCCAGGAGCCGGAGGCCGAGCCUGACAAGAGGCCGGGGCUCGGGCGCGCCGCCGCGGCUGCUGCCAAGGAGGAGGAGGCGGAGGAGGAGGAGCAGGACGACGAGGGGGAUACCGAGAUGCUGCCGACGAUGUUCGGCAGGAUCAGGGAGGGCGCCCGUGCGAGGCGGGAGGAGAAGGAGCGGGAGCGCGAGAAGGCGGCGCGCCGGCGCCAGGCUGCCGGGAUGGGGGCGGGGGAGCCAGCGGCAGCCCUUGGGAGCCUGGAGGCUAAUUCCAAGGUGGCCAAGAUGAUGGCCAUGAUGGGGUACAAGAAAGGAAUGGGCCUUGGAAAGAACGAGCAGGGGAUCACAGCGCCGGUGGAGACCACUUUGCGACCCAAGAACGCUGGCCUGGGGAGUGUGGAGGGUUUCAAGGAACCCAAGCCUAUGACGUCUAAGGAAAACUUGCCGGUCCCGGCUCCUCCGCCGACAUCAGGGAAGAAGGAGAAGCGUUGGUCCAAGAAGGCUAGCACAAAGAAAGCUCCAGUCUUGACGAAGAAUGAGCUCCUGGCCAUGCGUGCCGAGCAGGAACAGGAGGAGGAGCCUGCAGUUGUCCAGAAGGUGAUUGACAUGCGAGGGCCCCAGGCGCGGGUGCUGACGGACUUGAAGGGGCUCAAUGAAGAACAAGAGAUGGAGGCGAAUGAUGUGCCAAUGCCGGAGCUGCAGUACAAUGUGCGCCUGCUUGUUGAUGAGGCUAAGGCUGAUGUUCUGAGGUUGCAUGGGCAGCUGCGAAGGGAGCAGGAGAAGGUGGCUAGCCUGGUGCGGGAGAAGGAAAACGUGGCCAAGCAGGAGGCAUUGCAGAAACACCAGCUGCAGGUGAUGGAGAGAAUUGCAGAGACACUAGAGCGGGUCCGUGUGGAUGAUACAGCUGGCAUGCUCACUCUGGAUGGAUUGCUUCAGACAUUCCAUGGCUUGAAGGUGCAGUUUGAGGAGGAGUUCAAGAUGUGCAGCAUUGCAUGGAUUGCUUGCAGAUAUGCCCAUCCACUGCUAAUCCGGAUCUUCCAGGGAUGGCAGCCUCUUCAGGAUCCGAAGUUUGGGUUAGAUGUCAUGAAAAAGUGGAAGGACCUGCUGCAGGGGGACCAACCAUAUGACUUCUCAGAUGGUUCUGCAUCAAUGACACCAUAUGUGCAGCUUGUUAGUGAAGUCAUCCUGCCGGCUGUGAGGAUAUCAGGAACCAAUUCAUGGGAGGCUAGGGAACCGGAACCAAUGCUCAACUUUCUUGAGUUAUGGGAUAAUAAGAAAUUGCUUCCUCCUGUUUUGCUUCAAUCAAUACUAGAGCAUGUGAUAAUGCCAAAGCUCUCAGCUGCUGUGGAUUCAUGGGACCCUCGCAGGGAGAGUGUACCGAUCCAUGUCUGGGUACACCCAUGGUUGCCAAUGCUAAGAGAAAGGAUAGAGACCUUGUGCCAUUCUAUUCGAUACAAGCUGAGCACUGUCCUCCACGUAUGGCAAGCACAUGAUGCUUCGGCAUAUGCUGUGCUGUCCCCGUGGAAGGAUGUGUUUGAUUCGGCAAGCUGGGAAGACCUGAUUGUGCGGUAUAUCAUUCCUAAACUGAGAUUGGCACUGCAAGAGUUUCAGAUCAACCCAGCAAACCAGAAACUUGAUCAAUUCAACUGGGUGAUGUUGUGGGCAUCUGCAAUCCCAGUACACCUCAUGGUCCAUAUGUUGGAGGUUGAUUUCUUCAGUAAGUGGCAACAGGUCCUAUACCAUUGGUUGUGCUCACCAAAUCCUGAUUUCAAUGAGAUAAUGAACUGGUAUAAGGGCUGGAAGGGCCUUUUCCCACCAGAGUUACUUGCCAAUGAGCGCAUACGGAUGCUUCUAACCGCUGGUCUUGACAUGAUGAACCAAGCUGCUGAAGGACUGGAGGUGGUGCAACCUGGGGCUAGGGAGAAUGUGGGUUACUUGAGAGCAACUGAGAAACGACAAUUUGAUGCAGCACAGCAGGCUUACCAUGCUGCACCAGGGGCAGCCAUGGCGGAUUUGAGCUUCAAGGAGUCUAUCCAGGCCUAUGCAAUGGAGCAAGGGCUGCUGUUUAUGCCUAGAGUUGGCAAGUUCUACAAUGGCAUGCCGGUGUAUGAGUUUGGCACCGUUAGUAUUUGCAUAGACUCUGUGAAGCGACUAUUGUAUGCACAACUUCAAGAGGGAAUUGAGAGAUGGAGUGCUGUAACUCUUACACAAUUGAUGGAAAUGAACCGAAUGGGAAGAUCACGCUAAUAGAUCACCUAGGCUUAGAGUUUCAAUUCACUUUUGUUACCUGUUGUAUAAAACUCUUAAAUGAUGUCAAUGCAUUAGCUUUUUUGAGCUUUCACUCUGUUAAAGAACAAAGGGUUUAUGGGCAUGAUAAUUGUUGUA